CUUGCUUUGGUUCACGUGCACGCGCGCCACUCUUCUGGUCUCGCGAGAAAUCCAGCGGUUUCACUAUCGUGUUUACACUAAUUAAACCCAUUACCCCGAUAAUCCGAACCGAGCCGAUCCGGAUUAAGUCGGGCGGGUGGUUCCGGAGCGGGACCAGUCCUUGAAACGCCGAAAAUUUACCUCACACUUCCCUCACCCUCAGUUUAACCCUUGAUUUGACGUAAAAUCCCUAUAGUGCGGUAUUUUCUGAGGUAAAAUAUCCAUUAUUUUAAGUGCAAAAAAGACAUCUUUCCUCCGAGGUGAGGCUGAGUAGUUUAAGGGGGGAUAUUACCUCCCCCCCACCCUCCAUGACGGGUGACCCCGCGAUCGGUGGGUGGGGCGCGGGGUUCCGCGCGUAGGAAAGCUCGGGGAUUUGCGGCCUACUAGUCAGGAGCUGGGAGGAAGACGACGACGCGGAGGAGGAAGGUGAAGGAGAAAGAACCCCCUGCGGGGACGAGCCUGAUAAGGCCCCGACAGCCGGGGACCCACACACCGAGGGAGAGAGUGGAAAUGAUGGAAGAAUUGCACAGCCUGGAUCCACGGCGUCAGGAACUGUUGGAAGCUCGGUUCACGGGAGUUGGAGUAGCCAAGGGGCAGCUGAACAGUGAAUCUUCUAACCAAAGUCUUUGUAGCCUGGGUUCUCUGAGCGACAAAGAACUCGAGCAGACUCCAGAAAAGAAACAGAAUGAUCAGAGGAAUCGUAAGAGGAAAGCAGAACCGUUUGAUGCUAGUCAAGGGAAAAAUACUCCUAGAGGACAUAAAAUUAGUGAUUAUUUUGAGUUUGCUGGGGGAAGUGGCCCGGGGACAAGCCCAGGGAGAAGCGUUCCACCAGUUGCCCGAUCCUCACCCCAACAUUCCUUAUCGAAUCCACUACCCUUAACGAGUCAGCAAAGUAGUCCUCCGUCUGGCACACCAGUAAACCUAGAGCAUUCCUGCAUCGCCCUUAAACAGAUCUCCGUCCAGCACAGGCACGCGCAGUCCGACCUCACAAUGGAUAAAAUAUCCGCUCUUGAAAACAGCAAAAACUCUGACUUGGAAAAAAAAGAGGGAAGGAUAGAUGAUUUAUUAAGGGUAAACUGUGAUCUUCGGCGGCAGAUGGAUGAGCAGAAGAAAAUGCUGGAAAAAUACAAAGAACGGUUAAAUCGCUGUGUGACGAUGAGUAAAAAGUUGCUCAUUGAAAAGUCCAAGCAGGAGAAGAUGGCGUGUCGGGAUAAAAGCAUGCAAGAUCGCCUGCGAUUGGGUCACUUCACUACUGUCCGGCACGGUGCCUCCUUUACAGAGCAGUGGACUGAUGGUUAUGCUUUCCAGAACCUUAUCAAGCAACAAGAACGAAUAAACUCCCAAAGGGAAGAAAUAGAAAGGCAACGGAAAAUGCUGGCCAAAAGAAAACCCCCGGCGAUGGGACAAACGCCCCCUGCCAAUAAUGAGCAGAAACAACGCAAAAACAAGACGAACGGAGCAGAGAAUGAGGCGUUAACAUUGGCAGAGUAUCAUGAACAGGAAGAAAUAUUCAAGCUCCGGCUAGGUCACCUUAAAAAGGAAGAAGCGGAGAUUCAGGCAGAACUUGAACGGCUCGAGAGAGUGAGGAAUUUGCACAUUAGAGAGUUGAAAAGAAUACACAACGAAGAUAAUUCACAAUUUAAAGACCAUCCAACGCUAAACGACCGUUAUUUGUUGCUGCACCUUCUUGGUAGAGGAGGUUUCAGUGAAGUGUAUAAGGCUUUCGACCUAACCGAACAAAGAUACGUAGCUGUGAAAAUACACCAGUUAAAUAAGAACUGGAGGGAUGAAAAGAAAGAAAAUUACCAUAAGCAUGCCUGCAGGGAAUAUCGCAUCCACAAGGAACUGGAUCACCCCAGGAUAGUCAAGCUAUAUGACUAUUUCUCCUUAGACACAGACUCGUUUUGCACUGUGCUGGAGUACUGCGAGGGCAACGAUCUGGACUUCUAUCUGAAGCAGCACAAACUGAUGUCUGAGAAGGAGGCGCGUUCCAUCAUCAUGCAGAUUGUGAAUGCUCUGAAGUACCUGAAUGAGAUCAAACCUCCUAUUAUACACUAUGACCUUAAGCCAGGUAAUAUUCUUUUGGUCAACGGUACCGCUUGCGGAGAGAUAAAAAUUACCGAUUUUGGACUAUCCAAAAUAAUGGAUGACGAUAGCUACAAUUCAGUAGAUGGUAUGGAGCUUACCUCUCAAGGAGCCGGAACCUACUGGUAUUUGCCUCCCGAGUGUUUUGUUGUCGGCAAAGAACCUCCUAAAAUCUCAAACAAAGUGGACGUGUGGUCUGUAGGAGUCAUUUUCUAUCAAUGUCUUUAUGGGCGGAAGCCUUUUGGUCACAACCAGUCCCAGCAGGACAUCUUGCAGGAGAACACCAUUCUCAAAGCAACGGAGGUUCAGUUCCCUCCCAAGCCUGUCGUGACCCCAGAAGCCAAGGCUUUUAUCCGCCGCUGCCUCGCCUAUAGGAAGGAAGAUCGAAUAGACGUCCACCAGCUGGCUUCCGAUCCGUACCUGCUGCCGCACAUCCGCAAGUCGGUUUCUACAAGCGGCCCGGCGAAUGCGGCCGUAGCCUCGACGUCGGCUUCAUCCAACAACAGUUUGUCAAACUGAGGAAACGAGAUGGACCUGAAUUCUUUAGACGGCACCGUUACGCUAAACGCGGCGAUGCUAGCAGCGCUGUCACCG